CGCAAUGGGCGGGACUCCUCGCGUCUCCCCUGGGCGGUCACUUUCGCCGCUCUCAGGAGAACUCAGCCUGGUGGAAGCUGAUUGUGAGCUGAGGCGACCAGCCUCGGAAGGCACGGUGGCUCCGCCUUCUGUUCUUGCCGCUCAGAGGCGGGUCUGAGGCUCACUGGCGGCGCCCAGGGUGGCCCGGGCCCUCUCCUCGGUUGUUGUCUCCCAGCCCGCUCUACCCACAGGCUCGGAUGGCGGCGGCCCAGCUAAGGGACCCCGCUCAGCAGGGCUAUGUGACCUUUGAGGACGUGGCUGUCUACUUCUCCCAGGAGGAAUGGAGAUUGCUUGAUGAGACUCAGAGGCUCCUCUACCGCAAUGUGAUGCUGGAGAACUUUUCACUUCUGGCCUCUCUGGGACUUGCAUCUUCUAAGACCCAUGAAAUAACCCAGCUGGAGUCAUGGGAGGAGCCCUUCAUGCCUGCUUGGGAAGUUAUGACUUCAGCCAUACCGAGAGGUUGUUGGCAUGGAGCCGAGGCCGAGGAGGCCCCUGAGCAGAGUGCUUCUGUAAAAGUGCCCAGUUCAAACGUUCAGCAACACCAGAAGCAGCACUGUGGAGAAAAACCCUUAAAAAGACAAGAGGGCAGGGUCCCAGUUUUGAGGAGUUGCAGAGUCCACCUAUCAGAGAAGUCCUUGCAAAGCAGAGAAGUUGGGAAGGACCUCCCGACCAGCUCAGGUGUUCUCAAGCACCAGAUGACUCACACGGGAGAGAAGUCACAUAGGAGCUCCAAAAGUAGGGAGGCCUUUCAUGCUGGAAAAAGGCAUUACAAAUGCAGUGAGUGUGGGAAAGACUUUGGUCAGAAAUAUUUACUUGUUCAGCACCAGAGACUACACACUGGGGAAAAGCCUUAUGAAUGCAGUGAAUGUGGGAAGUUAUUUAGCCAUAAGUCCAACCUUUUUAUACACCAAAUAGUUCACACUGGAGAAAGGCCUUAUGGGUGUAGUGACUGUGGAAAAUCCUUUAGCCGUAAUGCUGACCUCAUUCAACACCAGAGAGUUCACACUGGAGAAAAGCCUUUUACAUGCAGUGAAUGUGGAAAAGCUUUCAGGCAUAAUUCCACACUUGUUCAGCAUCACAGAAUCCACACUGGAGUAAGGCCUUAUGAGUGCAGUGAAUGUGGAAAAUUGUUUAGUUUCAACUCCAGCCUCAUGAAACAUCAGAGAGUUCACACUGGAGAAAGACCUUAUAAGUGCAGUGAAUGUGGAAAAUUCUAUAGCCACAAGUCCAGCCUUAUCAAUCAUUGGCGUGUUCACACUGGAGAAAGGCCUUAUGAGUGCAGCGAAUGUGGGAAAUUUUUUAGCCAAAGUUCAAGCCUAAUGCAACAUCGAAAAGUUCACACUGGAGAAAAGCCUUUUAAGUGCAAUGAAUGUGGGAGAUUCUUUAGUGAGAAUUCUAGCCUGGUUAAACAUCAGAGGGUUCACACUGGAGCAAAGCCUUAUGAGUGCAGGGAAUGUGGGAAAUUUUUUCGCCAUAGCUCCAGUCUUGUUAAACAUCGAAGGAUUCACACUGGAGAAAUACAGUGAUUGUAGGAAAUCCUUUAGCCAGCAUUUCAACCUACUUCAACACCAGAAAGUUCACAGGGGAAAAAAGUCGUGAAGGUAACAAAUGGAAAUCCAUUAGCUACACUUCCAAACUCCUUCAACACUGGACAGGCAGUUCACAGAGUGGACAAUGUAGUGAAUAUGGUGAAAGGCCUCAGCCAAAGGCCUAACCCUAUUCAACACCAGAAAGUUUAGACUGGAGAAAGGCCUUAGACUGUCACUGAUUCAAUAUGAUUCCCCUUGCCUGGCACGGUGACUCACACCUGUUAAUCCUACCACUUUGGGAGGCUGAAGCAGGCGGAUCACAAAGUCAGAACAUCGAGACCAUCCUGGUUAACACGAUGAAACCCUGUCUCUGCUAAAAAUACAAAAAAUUACCAGGCGUGGUGGCAGGCACCUGUAGUCCCAGCUACUCAGGAGGCUGAGGCAGGAGAAUGGCGUGAACCCAGGAGGUGGAAUUUGCAGUGAACCAAGAUCACGCCACUGCACUCCAUCCUGGGUGACAGAGCGAGACUCCGUCUCAAAAAAAAAAAAAAAAAAAACCCGGGCGUGGUGGCAGGCACCUGUAGUCCCAGACUUGGGAGGCUGAGGCAGGAGAUUCACUUGAACCUGGGAGGCGGAGAUUGCAUGGAGCCAAGAUCGCGCCACUGCGCUCCAGCUUGGGUGACUGAGCGAGACUUCGUCUCAAA